GUGUGCGAGCGGCUACACCGCGACAACCGCCAAAUGAUUUGUUCUCAGAGCAUUGGUCUCUGCGAGCCAAUCCUGAAUUACGUUAGAAGUUUUGUUGAGGAAUUGUCGUUCAUCUGCGACAUCCUCCAUCCAAAAUGGCUUCGGCAUUCCCGAAAAAGACAUCCCCGAAAAAGACAUCGAUACCUCGUCUUUUGUCCAGGGAAAAACUGAAGUCUGUGUCUCUUCUUCCUUCUAAGUUGCUAAGGGAGAAGUUUCACAAUGUGAAGAAGGCCAGCACUGGGACGAGUUUUCUGCCCAGAAUUGGCCCAUUUCCACACACGAGUGAGACUGGUCAAAAGCUGUCACCAGUUCCCCAGAAAAAGAGCUUGUUCCAGGUUUCCCCACCAGAGAUCGUAUUUCAGAACUUCGACGUUAAUGAGGUCUCUGAAAUGCAACUGUUUUUCAUAAAUAAGGACAAGUUUCCUCGGCUGGUGAAGGUCUCCAUGGAGAGAUCACCUUAUUUUGAGCUGGUGUGCCCUAAUGACGCGUACCACAUCAUGCCACCGGGCAUGUCCUCCCCGGUGCGCAUCCGCUUCACCCCCAAGAAGAACAAGAAUUAUUCCCACCAGCUUGUCUGCCUCACUCCAAGGGAACAGGUGGUUGUGCCAAUUCGGGCCAUUGCUGCCCGAGCCAUCCUGGAGUUCCCUGACCAGCUGGACUUCUCGGAGUGCCCGGUCAAGUACAGCACCCAGAAAACUGUGCUGCUUCGCAACGUUGGGAACCUGGAAGCUCAAUUCCAGCUGAGCACCCAGAGUCCUUUCUUCGUGGUUCCAGCCAGCGGAACUCUGGGUGCUGGAGACACCAUGCAGGUGACGGUGGGAUUUCACCCGCUGACAAUUGGUGACCAUUCCGGGUCCCUGGCAGUUUGCUGCAACACAGGUGGAAGAAGUAUCCACACAAACCUUCGCGGAGAAGCUGCAGAUGUUGCCGUUGAGUUGAGCACAAAUUCCAUGAAGGUUGGGAAGACGUUCAUCACCACGUCAAACUACACAACCAUGUUCAUCAAAAACAGGAGUAACAUCACAGCCCACUUCCAGUGGAAGGCUUUUCGUACUGAGGAGGAUGAGGCUGAAGAGAAGAGGAGGCAGUGCUACUUGCUGCAGCCACUGAAAGAGGCGCCGCUGAAAACCUCCAUUGGGGAGGAAAAUAUAGAGCAGGAGAUGGCAAAGGUGCAAGAAGACCCCAUGCUGUUCUCCGAUGACAUUUUUUCCAUUGAGCCAAUGGAGGGAGAGAUCGGGCCUAAUCGUUGUGCCAAAAUCAAGGUGACCUUUAAACCCCUAGAAGAACUAGAGUAUCGAAGUGUGGCUUACUGCGACAUCUCAGGCCGUGAGAGCAGGCUGCCCCUGCGCCUCAGAGGGGAAGGCCAAGGACCCUUGGUUGAACUCAGCAAUCGUACACUCAACCUUGGGAACAUUUUACUCAACACUCCCUACGUCUAUGAGGUGAAACUGAUUAACCAAGCAGCUAUUGAUGCUCCCUUCACCUAUAUCCAUACAACUGCAAAUGUGGGCUACUGCUUCAAGUUUGCACCUGAGAAGGGCACCAUUGCACCAGGUGGGAUCCAGACCAUCCAGAUCUCCUUCAAUGCCAACAUACUGGGGAGCUUUGAGGAACAAUUCCAGUUCAUUGUGGCUGGAUCUCCUACGUCUGCAAUCCUGACAAUCAAGGGGUUUGUCACUAGACCAAGUGUGCACUUUGACAUCGAGGAGAUCGACUUCGGUGACAUUUCUUUUGGCUUUCCCUACACCAAGACCUGUCGCCUCACUAACCCCUCCCCAGUGGCGCUGACGUUCAAGCUCCGCAUGUCUGACGAUGGCACACAGCCUGCUGUUAAUUGCUUUGAUCAAAUACGCAAGCCUAAUGACCCAUCCUGGAGGGACGGAAUUCAUUUUGAUGUGGAGCCAAGGGAGUUUACAAUGAAUCCCAGCCAAGGGACCAUCCUUCCCCACGGACACCAGGAUAUCGAGGUGACCCUGUGUUCCAACACCGUGAUGGAAUUCUACCGGAGACUGCUGGUGGACCUGGAGGGUAUUGGCAAUGGAGUGGCAUCACUGACCAUCACAGCCAGAUGCCUCGUUCCUGAGCUGCGAGUGUACCCCCGUGUCCUGCUGUACGAUGAGUGCCGACUGAACGUGCCAUACGAGAGGAAGUUCCUCGUUGUGAAUAACACCGACCUUCCUGGCUGCUAUGGGCUCAUUCCCCAGAAACGCAAGGAGGACACUCCUGUGUUCUACUCCAGCCGCAAACCCUGUGGGAUUGUCCAGCCUCACAGCAGUGCAGAGAUUCCUGUUGUAAUCGAAGUGCAAACAUUGGGCGAGCAUCGCACCAAUGUUCUUGUCGGCGUGUUUGGGGAUGAGAGAAACCCACGGAGACAAGAAUUACGGAGCACUGGACGGCUGGCAGACAUCUACCCAAGUCCAAAGCUGAUAGAGUUUGGCAUGAUCCCAGUGCUACAGCCUAAUUCACAAAUUUUUACUCUCAUCAACGGAGGUCUUGUCUCUACAGAAUUCAGAAUAAAGAUAGCUCGCAAACCCCAGUGCUAUGUUAUUGAACCCAGAGAAGGAGUGAUCCCUGCUCUGGGUGAGGUUCCUGUGACUAUCACAGCAACCCUGGAUGACACUGGGCUUUUUGCUGACACUAUCCAGCUGUUCACUGGGAACAGCCUUUUGACUACCUUCGAGUUGGUGGCUGUGGGCACUGGCACUACAAUUACCAUAGAUAAACCAUUUGUACCAGAGCUCAACUUGGGAUACCAAUUCAGGCUCCUUCCGUAUAUUCAACAGUUCAAAGUAACAAACAGGGGCCACCAUUUCCAUCGGCUCUUCUGGAGUGUGGGAUGUCACAGCCCACCUGAGGAGGAGGGUCAGAGUGUCUCAGACCUCGAUAUUCAACAGUUCAAAGUAACAAACAGGGGCCACCAUUUCCAUCGGCUCUUCUGGAGUGUGGGAUGUCACAGCCCACCUGAGGAGGAGAGCCAGAGUGUCUCAGACCUCGGUAUGCCCAAGGUCAAAGAUUUCCAGGGCCCCAAACGUACCAGACCCGUGUUUGCGCUGGAGCCGCUGUGGAUGGAGCUGCAGCCAGGCGAGUCUGCGGACAUGGUGCUGCAAGGCUUCUCCCACAUCCGGCAGGAGGUGCAGGAUUAUGUGAUGUGUGAAGCUGUCAUCGGGACAACCAGCAGGAUGGAGAAUAUAAUAGAAACAACCAUUAGCUGCAAGUUUAUUGAUCCUUCAAUAGAAAUAUCAGCCAGACAAUUCUCUUUCCGGGUGGAGAAGAAACCAAAUGAUGUCCUGGCUCUGCAGUACAAGCCUUUGUCUUUAAAAAACACCUGCUCCCUGCCACUGGACCUCAUGCUGGAAGUGGAGCAGCCGUUUCUGGUCUGCGAUGUGGACCAGCAGCCCCUCCCAGAUGGCCAGCCUGUGACACUGGAUGUAGGGCAGACCUGCCAUCUCUACGUGGCAUUUGAUCCAGCUUAUGAACUGGAUCUUAAUAGCUGGAAGGAAAAGAAGGUGCUGAAGAUAAACAUGGUCAAUGGCCAUCCUUAUGUGGCGUGUAUCUCCCUUUGGGGAGAAGUCCAUUUCCCCAAUCUCCAAAUCCAGCCCAGGAGCCUGGAGUUUGGCUGCAUCCUGGCUGGCACUGAAGAAGUGCGUUCUCUGGAGAUGACCAACUGCAGCCCCCUGCCUGUCCAGUACCACUGGUCAUUCCAUCCGGACAGCCAGGUGAACAGGCUGAGAUAUGAGCGUUACCCACUUAAGUUCAAACCCCAGCCACCAGAGAAGAAGAGAACUAGUUUAGAUGGCUCAGCAUUUCUAAGGAGACGCUUCAGGAUUAGAAAUGUAGAGGAUCCAGGCACAGCCCUGAGAGAAUCGUGGGAUCCUGCCCAGUCUUUAGGAGCAGAGCCGGGAGAGAGACAGCGAGUCUCCUUCACCUUCUCUGGCCACCCCGACACCGUGGCCAGUGCCGUGGCCCUGUGCCACGUGCAGGGAGGCCCCACCUACGAGGUGGAGCUGACUGGGGAGGCCUCAUGUGUCAGCUACUCCCUGAGCCACAGGAAGAUCAACUGCGGCUUCCAGGUAGCACACACAUAUGAGCGUUACCCACUUAAGUUCAAACCCCAGCCACCAGAGAAGAAGAGAACUAGUUUGGAUGGCUCAGCAUUUCUAAGGAGACGCUUCAAGAUUAGAAAUGGAGAGGAUCCAGGCACAGCCCUGAGAGAAUCGUGGGAUCCUGCCCAGUCUUUAGGAGCAGAGGUGCUGCCAUCUACUUCUGAAAAGUAUUACAUCCCACUUGGCUUGGGGGGAUUCAGGUUAUCCACGGAUGUACCGUGCACUCCCCUCGAAGUGGAGAAGGCUUUCAGUAUCCUGCCGCAGUCGGGUGUGCUGCAGCCGGGAGAGAGACAGCGAGUCUCCUUCACCUUCUCUGGCCACCCCGACACCGUGGCCAGUGCCGUGGCCCUGUGCCACGUGCAGGGAGGCCCCACCUACGAGGUGGAGCUGACUGGGGAGGCCUCAUGUGUCAGCUACUCCCUGAGCCACAGGAAGAUCAACUGCGGCUUCCAGAUGUUUAAUGAAAUUCAUCAUAGCACAGUCACCCUGGCAAACACUGGCAAGAUUAAAUUCAACUGGAUGCUAAACCUUAGCAUUGCAGAGCAGUAUCUGCCUGGAGUGUUUCUGGUCAACCCCACUGCUGGCUCCAUUGCACCUGGUGAGAAGGAAGUGCUGAAAUUCUCUUACAUGCCAGGAGUACCAGGAGCCUUCAGCAGGACUUUCCAGCUUAAAGUGGGUGACCUGGAGCCAGAAAAUAUCUGCCUGAAAGGAGAAGCAUCCUUUCCCAUGAUCACUGUCAACCUGCCCUGGAGCAUCAAAGGAAAUGAAAAAUAUGAGGAGCUCAUAAAACCCCUGCAACAAUACAGUCAGAGGAGAAAAUCAGCUGUUCAGAAGAAGACUCAGAGCCCAAAGACUGGGACCUUGAGGACUUGGAACCUGAAGCCCCGCGUGCCUGCCUCUGGCAUUGCAUCAAACGCUCAGCUGCAGAUAGAGACGGUGAUGAAGCUGGUACAGGAUCCUGCUCUGGAGCUGCAGGAAAAGCUCCCAUCCCAUCCCCCACACAGCAGGUUCCCUGACAAGGAGCUGUGCCAGAGUCUUGUCAAAGUUGAGCUGCCUGAGUAUGUCCUGGACAUGGGUGCUGUAAGAAAGGGUUACCCUGAGAGACGCACUCUGGCCAUCACCAACCCUGGGCAGAUCCCAGUGUCCUUCCAGGUCGAUGUGUCUGCCCUGCAGGACACAGGUUUCAGAGUGAAUCUGGACCAGAUACAGGACCUGCCUCACAGACACACCGUAAUGAUAGAAGUGUGCUGUGAAAGUACCCACCAGCCACGGGGUGACGUGGAUGUGCUGCUGCCCAUAGAGGUGGCAAAAGGCCCCACGUAUAACAUCCGCCUCCAUGCCACUGUGUUGGAACUGUUGCUCGACCUCUCCAGGAACACACUGCAGUUCUCUGAUAUCCUCGUUGGGCAGUGCCAGACUGAGACAGUCCGGCUCUACAACUGGUUGCAAGUGCCCUGCAAGUGGUUCAUUAAGGCUGUGGUUCUGCAGGUGGCAAAAGGCCCCACGUAUAACAUCCGCCUCCAUGCCACUGUGUUGGAACUGUUGCUCGACCUCUCCAGGAACACACUGCAGUUCUCUGAUAUCCUCGUUGGGCAGUGCCAGACUGAGACAGUCCGGCUCUACAACUGGUUGCAAGUGCCCUGCAAGUGGUUCAUUAAGGCCGUGGAGUGUGUUACAAAGAUGCCAAUACCCUCCAAAGGAACCCUUGAUGCAGGAAGGUGGCAGGACUUACAAAUCCAGUUUACACCCAAGGAGGAGAGGUCUUACAAGAAUGAGCUGAAGCUUAGCAUUUGUGGGAGCAGACAUCACUUAAAGCUGCACCUCUCAGGACAAGGUCUGGAGGCACGGUUGGAGAUCACCCCCCCAGAACAAAAGAUGGGAUGGUUGCUGGUGGACAGCGAUGAGGUGGAUGCCACAGUGGCAGUGAAGAACCCAUGCAACUUCCCUGCUGAGUUUUACUCACUGGAUUUCGAUGAGCAGUACCUUGAGGAGGAGCUUCACAGCACUCCAGCAUUCCCAGGGGAGGCACGGUUGGAGAUCACCCCCCCAGAACAAAAGAUGGGAUGGUUGCUGGUGGACAGCGAUGAGGUGGAUGCCACAGUGGCAGUGAAGAACCCAUGCAACUUCCCUGCUGAGUUUUACUCACUGGAUUUCGAUGAGCAGUACCUUGAGGAGGAGUUCCUGCAGAUGGCAGUGGGGUCUGAGUACCAGAAGAACUCUUUAAUGCCUCCUGGUGCCGUGGGUGGGGCGCUGCCAGAGGAGCUGGAGCAUUAUGAAGCACAGAAGAGGCCGAAGGCUCAAGGGGCAGAGCUCAAAGCCAUGGCAGAGGCCAUGGUCACAGAACUGCAGUGGAAAAAACCUAUUCAGAGCAGCUCAGAAUGUGUCUUGCAAAUGGAUGAGGAUGAGGAUGAUGCCCUUCCUGAGAAGAAAUCUCUAGUGGAUAAAAUAAUACUGGAAAGGAAGCAUAAACAAAGGGAGAGGGAGCUGAAGUGGCUGGCUCAAAAUCUUGAGGAGGAGGCAAAAGCCUUAGAGGAGGAAGAGAGGUGGAAGAAGGAAGAGAAGCAAAAGGAGGAAGUCAAGUGGAAGAAGGAAAAGAAGGAUGUCUCCUUGGGGAAGCAGCCUGCAAAACCAGAGAAAAAGGAAAGCAAAAUCCUAGGGAUUAAGAGAACCAAAAUCCUAGAGAAGGGGAGAUACAAAACCUCAAAGAUGUGGAAAAUUAUAAUCUCAGAAAAGAAGGGAACCAAAUCCCCAGCGAAGAAGGAAAUCAAAAUGCUAGAGAGAGAGGGACCCAUAAUCCCAGAAAAGUGGAAAUACAAAGCCCCCAAGAUGUGGAAAACCAUAAUUGCAGAGAAGGGGAUACCCAAAGCCCCAGAGAAAGAAGAACCCAAAGCUCCAGAGGACGGAGAACCCAAAGCCCCAGAGAAGGGGGAAAGCGAAAUCCCAGAGUACUCAGCUGAGAUGGAGAAGAGGUUUCAGAUCUAUGAGUCAUCGCAGCAGGACGUCGCACAGGUUUUCUCCUAUUGUGACAGGGUUCAGGCUACUGUGCAGUUACCUGUGAUCCAAAACAGAAACACAUCCCAGCCUUCAGAUGAAAACACAGGUCAGAAGACCAGUAAGCCUCAGGAGAAGGUGGAGAAGAAACAUGAACAAAAAAGUGGAGGCCAGAGGAGUCUUCAGUCAUCUCAGCUGGAGACACAAAGCGAAGUUGCAGAAGGGGCCGUCAGAGAUGUCGGGAUGCCGUGCUUGGACAUCCAGGUCACAAAUCCAAAGGCCAUGAUUAGGGAGAUCCUGAGGGAUGGGAGGCUGCCAACGAAAGACGAGAUGCUGAGGUAUCUGGGACUGCAUCCCGAAGGGCCUCCCCUUCCCCCUGCUGCUGUCCUCUCUAUAGUCGACUGCCCAGAGGAGCGGUUGGGCUCUGCAGAGUGUGUGAGGCCCUUCACCAUCGCUGCUAUGGAACACAGUCUGGCUAAGACCCUAGAUGUGAAGGGCAGUUCUGCCAGCAGAUACAACUCUCCAAUGGAGAACCAGAUCUUCACACACAGAACCAGGGUAAAGGACCAACAGGAAUUAGGAUCAAUGUCUGAAGCCUCCUCUUUAAUUGCCAGGCCGAAGCGGUACCGGUGGACAGUGCCUGACCACAGUGAGGUGGAACUGAAGGUCCACUCCUCCACCAAACAGCCAGGGCAGUUUGAGCAGACACUGAGGUUUGAGCUCGUGGAGUCAAAGCGCCAGUACGAGCUGCCCUGCAGUGGCACGGGCCUGUACCCCAGCAUCAGCCAGAACACACGGCUGGUGUUUCCACAGUGGAGGGAGACCAUGGAGUCAGAUGAAAUCAUCUUGAAGGAAUAUGUUGAGAGCACAAAGCAAUUCCACUUUGGACCUCUGCUGUGUGGGAAAUCAAGAGAAUGGUACAAGGCCCAGAACUGUCCCGGCAACUCGGAGAGCGUAACCAUCCUCAACAACUCCCCUGUGGAUGCAGAAGUCCAGUUCUCCUUUGAGAAUGAUGGGGAAGCAGAGACAUUCGUCUUGGACCCUCCCAACAUGACCCAGAAACCAGAGGAGAAGCAGGAGCUGACCAUUCGGGAAUACCCCACUUCCCAUGGCUUCCUGGAAGACAGACUCAUCUGCUGCGUUGAGAAGAACCCAGAGCCAGUGGUCUUCAGCCUGUGCUGCCAUGGGGUGCAGGUGAAGCUGGAGGUCAGCCCCAUGGAGCUGUCUUUUGACAAGCUGCUUCUGCACGGGACUGACAGCAGGACCUUGGUCCUGAGAAACAACACCCAGCUGCCCAUGGCCUGGCAGUUCAGUGGGCUGGAUGACCUUGUUGAGGCCUUCUCCUUGUCACAAGAUAACGGCACCAUUGAUCCCUGCUCCAAGUUUGAAGUGACACUGAAUUUCAAGGCCGGGCAGAUUGGCAACAUUGAGAAGACCCUCCGACUAGAGGUUUCAGAUACAGGAAACAUCCUGGGGAUUGCUCAGGCUGGAAACAUCAAAAUCUCUGCAGAGGUCUGUGAUGUUUCUCUGAGCAUCGACAUGCCUGAAGGUCCAGAUGGAAGCUUGGAAUUUGGAACGAUUAAUGUCCUGGAUAAUGUGAGGAAAAUGCUGACUCUAAAGAACAAAGGGAUAUGCAACAUUGGGUACCGUUUCAUACUGAAGGGUGCAGGUCCCAGGAUGCAAGAUGUGGCAUCCCAAUUCACUGUUGAGCCUCAGUCAGGCACGCUGAUUGCCUCCCAGCCUGGUGAGAAUGUUGAGAUGCUCUUCCACCCCACGAGGGAGAUGCUCCUCAAGAACAAACCCAUCCUGUACUGCCAGGUGAUGGAUGCCAGGUCUGGGGCAGGAGGCCAGACUGUCACCACCAUCCCAGUGAGGGUGUCGGCGACAGCUGUGUACAGCAAGUUCAGUAUUGAGCCUGCCCCACCCAUCGACUUUGGGGCCAUGGUCAAGGGCACCAAGAAGACCCAGAUUGUCGUGCUGGAGAACAAAGGCAUGCUCAGCUUCGAAUUCCACAUCCACCAAGCACCUGAGGAUGCAUCUCCAUUGGAAAUCGUCAAAUUUCGCAUCCAGCAAACACCCAAGGAUUCAUCUGCAUUGGAAAUCAAAAGUUCAGAGCAAGAGGAAUCCUCUCCAUUGGCUGCAAAGCUGAAAUCAAGCUCCUCACAGGAUCACCUCACUCUUGGCAUGUUCACGGUGUCCCCCUGCUCCGGCUCCGUCGCUGCGUGGGACCAGCAGGACAUCACCGUGGAUUGCCUGGCAAGGGAGGAGGGGACAUGUGAGGAGCAGCUCUACAUUGACAUCACGGGCAGAGACCCCAAGGACAAUCCCCUGGGCGUUCCCUUCACCCUGAUUGCUGAGUCCUGCCUCCCAGCAAUUGUUCAGGAUGUCACGCUAGCCUUCGAGGAGCACCCGAUCUUCAGCAGCACCAACCUCAGCUGCAAGCUGUGGUCAAAGAAAGGUGUGGGCUUCUUUGUCAGAGAUGAGAACAAAUUCAUCUUCACCAAGGUUAUGGUUGGGCAAGAGGCUGAAGCUCAUGUCAGUAUCUACAAUGCAAGUGGUCUGCCGUGUGAUGCGUUCAUCUCCAUCAAACCCCGGCCUGGAAGGGUACAAAGCCCUAUCAACAACAUCUUCAAGGUGUUUCCAGCCAAAAUGUCCAUUCCCAGAUCAUCCAAUGGCAUUGCUACAGUGACCUUCACCCCACCAGACGAGCAGAGCUACAACUGCAUUUUCAAGGCUUUCCUUGUCAUGCCAAAAAGCUCUGUGAAAAUUGAAUCCCAAACGCUGAUCUUUGCUUGCAGCCCUGUGAAAAUUAGACCCCAAACCCUGACCUUCACCAUCAGUGGGAAGGGGUAUGAGCCACAGGUGACAGUCCUGUGCCCAAGUGCCCGCAGCAAGAGGGGAAAUGCUGUGCUGCGCUUCAAGAGGCUCCCCGUGGGGGAUUCAGAGAUGCUCCCCCUGGUCAUGUGUAACAAAGGCGUCAUACCUGUCAAGUUUAUGUUACACCUGGAGGAUGAGCACGGAGUGUUCUUCUUGAAAGACAGGCACUCCACACUCAAGAAAUUCUACACUGAAGAUGUGGAAGAGGCCUUCGUUGGAAAUGAGAGCAAGCCCCCAAAGAAGCCUUUCCUGCUUCUACAUCGUGGGCAAUCGACAAAGUUUGAUGUCAUUUUCAAACCCUCCCUGGCUCAACGUCUGGAAGGGAAGAUUCGUGUCUUAGUGGGGGACAUCUACUCCAACAAGACCCUAAUAGAGCUGGUGGGUGAAGGCCACAAGGAUGAAUUCACCCUUGAGGGACUAGAGGAAGACACAGAGGAGAGGAAUGCUGACAGCAGUCUGAAGAAAGACAUCAUUGAUGCUGUCAGAGUGAAUCACAUCCAGUUUGGGGACUGUCCUGUCGGGAAGCCCUACCACAGGACCUUCACCAUCACCAACCGUACCAGUGUGACGAUCAUGCACUUUGAGUGGGAGGCAGAUGCCACAUUCUCGUUCUCCCCCAAGAUGGGAUACCUCCUUCCUGGCUGUGCCAAGGACAUCACAGUGACCUUGAAAUCAGAUGCCCCAGCCGUCUUCAGGAGGCACCUUGUGAAAUGUAAGGUGACCAAGGUCAACGUUGCGCGGCCACGAAGGAAGGUUCCAGACUGGAACGACCAAAUGUCCAUUGUCACAUGGAAGGAUACCACCAGGAAAAACCCAGCAGCCAGCUGGCCUGAGAAAGAGAAGGUGGUCGAGACAGCCCCAGAACCAGCUCACACUGUGGAGGAGGAGAGCCUCCAGGAGGCCGAGGUGUACCUCAGUGCCUCUGUUGCCUACAGCCAGUUCAAGCUUAACACAAUCGUGGUUCAGCUCAAGGACACCGUGCCCAACCAGACCAGCACAGCCACUUUCAGGAUGCACAACAGAGGGAAUGUAGCCCUGGAAUACACCUGGGUGGAAGCUGCAGAUAGUGAAGCAGCGAAGAGGCUACGCUCAACCACUGUGAUGCGUCAGUUCCUCUCCUCCGCUUCUCUGAGCCAUCACAGAAAGUUGCCUCAUCCUUUCUGGUGGCAGCAGGAGCAUCCUUUUGAGACACAUCCUUCUGAGCUGCGGCAGCUUGCCGAGCAGCAGCAAGAUUCUGAGCAGCAGCAGCACUUCAGAAAGUUGCCUCAUCCUUUCUGGUGGCAGCAGGAGCAUCCUUUUGAGACACAUCCUUCUGAGCUGCGGCAGCUUGCCGAGCAGCAGCAAGAUUCUGAGCAGCAGCAGCAAGAUUCUGAGCAGCAGCAGCAGCUUCAGCAGCAGCAGCAGCAGCAACAGCAGCAGCCCGAGCAGCAGCAGCCCAAGCAGCAGGACCACUCCAAGGAGCUACACCACUCGGAGCAACUGCACCUCUCCCUGGAGCCUGUCAGUUCCUCCCUGGAAAUCUGCCCAGACAUCGUCCAAGACCUGCCACUGUUCUUCAUCAACCCCUACCAUGGCAUCAUCGCUCCUGGCCAGAAGCAGAUCUUUCAUGUGCUCUUCUCCCCAAAGUGCGCGGGGACGUUUAGGACCACCGUGGUGUUCAGGACUUCUGACCUGAAGUCACCUCAGAAGAAGGCAGAGGUGGUUGUGAAGGGCACAGCCCAGGAGCCACAGUGCCUUGACACACCGAAACGCUCCGCGUUACGGCAGAUGGAGAAAAGCCAGGGACCCAAGAAACGGGUGCACUGGAAACCAACACUGCUUGAGCAUUUGCGUUAGCUGGAGCACCCAGCAGGAGCAGCAACAUCGUGUCUUCUGCUGCUGAUGGUCUCCCACCCUUCACCAGAGACCAAGCUCCAGUGAACACCUUUAUCUUACCUUUAAUUACCCAAGCUAAUUACCUAAUUCUUAAUUAAAUGUUAAUCAA